AUGGGAACGGCAAGUUCCGGGGAGUCGGAGCUAAUUCGUCUAUCCCUCGUCGACUUCUUCACUGGCGCUGUGCUCAUAGACAGUCUUGUCUAUCCCGGUGUGAAGAUGGCACACUACAACACUCGUUUCUCGGGCGUAUCAAAGCAAACCAUGGAGGAUUCCCUUCGGCGCCGGAAGUGCAUUCUCGGGCGAGAUUCCGCGAGACAAGCUAUAUACAAGUUUGUCGGACCCGAUACCGUUGUCAUCGGCCAUGCCGGUCAUCAAGACCUCACGUCUCUACGCUGGAUUCACCACCGAAUAGUUGACACAUUGAUGAUCGAAACGAGGAAGCGCCGCUUGGAGGAAGACAUGGCCCGGCGCAAGGAGUGGGAAGAGUCCGCCAGUCUCGACCAGCAAGAAGGUGCAAACUCAAAUUUUGCAACUCAAGAUAAAGAUAGCAACACGGCUGUCACAAACUCGCAGCAGGGUGGGCUGUCGCUCAAGGCCCUUACGCUCAAACGGCUGAACAGAGUCAUCCAGGUCAAGAACCGUGGCCACAACAGCCUAGAAGACGCGUUGGCAACGCGAGACUUGCUACACUGGCAUAUCGAUAGAACAUUGAAGUCCUCCGCCGAGGGUCUGCGAUGA